AAUGUCAAAUACAUAAGUUUCAGCAGCUAGCCUGUCACCUGUUUGUGAAAACAAAUAUUUUUGCAGAAGGUGGAAAUUCGUUAAGCCGCUAAAUAUGUGGCUAAAGACAGUUUUAAAAAUGUAAUAAAAGUAAAUAUCAAAUGUAUCCGUAAGAAAAUCCACCGAAAUUAACCAGAACUAUGUUUUUAAAAGACCCUUGUGGUGUUUGUUGUAUUUUAAUAACUUAUGUUUCCGUUUUUUACGCGGAUUAUGUUAUAGUAAAAUGGGUUGUGUUGCAAUCUAUGGUUAAUAGUUUAUGGGGCUCUUUCAAUGUGGUCAUGUUUAAUACUGUAAUUUUGUUCCUCUGUAUGGCCCACUUUCGAGCUGUUUUCACUGAUCCUGGAACUCUGCCUUUAUUUCCCAGUAAACUGGAUUUUUCUGAUUUACAUUCCUCUGAAUCAGGCUGUGACUAUGUUGAUUGGACAGUAUGCACUCGUUGUGAAAUUUACAGACCACCAAGAGCCCACCAUUGCCGCAUUUGCCGGCGGUGUAUCCGAAGAAUGGACCACCAUUGUCCUUGGAUUAAUAACUGUGUUGGGGAACGGAAUCAAAAGUAUUUCCUACAGUUUCUUAUCUAUGUUGGAAUAUUAUCCGUUUAUGCAAUAGUAUUGGUCAGCACUUCAUGGCUAUCAGAAUGUAAAGACUGCAGUCAAGAAAUUACAAUCAAACAAGCAAGAAUAAUGCACUCAGUAAUUUUAUUACUGAUAAGUACACUGUUUGGCAUGUUCGUUUCUGCAAUUCUUGUGGACCAAAUUCAAGCCAUAGUCACGGACGAAACGGCAGUUGAACAAGUGCAAAAUCAAGGGCCGUAUCGACCUCAUAAACCAAAAAUGACACUCUUAAGCGACGUUUUUGGACGAGAGCACCCUCUAUUCUGGCUUAUGCCUUGCUCUUCCACAAAGAGAAAACUCGAUACUCCUUUAAUUAAUCAUCAUGUUUAGUUGCCUCGAUUUUAUAAUUAUUGAACUUUUCUAGUCUUAAUUUAGGGUGAAACUACAAUGAGCAAUCUUUUACAUGACUUGAGUAUUAUUAUACCAACUUAUCCUUCACUAUCACUUUGGUUGGAUAUAAUUUUAUAAACGUUUUAUUUUUAUUAAAAUAUGGAAAGCA